GUGGGCAGAGCCAUUAGAGACCAGAUCUUCCGGGCGCUGAGUGUGCCAGGGAAGGGGGUGGCCCUUCCAGGUCCAGCAGAGGUUGGGCAGAGGGUGCUGAUGCUGCUUUCACCCCUCCUCUGUGGGACACCAGCGCCUCCACAGACAAAGGCUUCUCAGCAGCACCAGGUCCACCAGGGAAAUUCGAGAGGGUGUCUUCAUGUUUGCCACCUGCUUCUGAAGCCUUAGAAGCCUAGAGAGCCUUCAGCAUGGGCGUGCAGUGGCUUCUGGCUGCUGGGAUUCUCCUGGCUGCUCUCUGGAUGGUCUCAGCUUCCUCCCUGAGCCUUCCUUCUACUCGCAAAGACACCGGCUGGCCUCCCUCAGCCCCUGGCAUGUCCGCUUUGCAAGGCAACAGCAAGAAGACACUCGUGUCACUGAACAUCCUGCAAGCCAUCAUUGAUGGAGUCUCCCUGUCAGCGGAGAGGAAAGGGGAGACUCCCAGCACAAGGGUAGAAGCCCUCUCUCCUGAGGACUCAGUCUCCUCUACCCCAGGACCCAGUCACAUGACCCGCUCCGUGACUUUCACAAUCACCAAUGAAGUCUUCUCAGCUGCACUCUUGAACCCUGACUCCUGGAAGCACCAGCUGCUGCAUAAGAUCAUCCACCACCAGGUAAGUGCCCCUCCUCCGGUGUGCAGGUGGCCAGUGAGGCAAAGUGAGGCAGAGUUCCUGCAGCCAAAACCAAAUCUGCCUCCGCCUUGGUUCUGGAACCAUGGAUGCCCUAGCCGGCAAAGAUGA